CAGUUCGUAAUAUGUUUGUUUCAGAACCACAUAUUUAUACGAAAAAUAAUGAACAAGAGCCUCGAAACGCAAGAAGACCCUCUUCAACAAGAAAGUCGUCAUCAUCUUCAUCAAAUCUUCAUAUCCAAGGUAUUCAAAUCCCAUAGAUUCUUCCAAGCCCUCGUGUUGUAUUCGUUUCUUAUAGGUUUCGGGUUCGGACUCGGCUUCAUACUCAACGUACACAUAAGAAACGUCUCUUUCAGUCCCCAACUCUUUCGACUAUCCUCUCCAACAUCCUCCUGCUCGUCCUCCAACUCUUCCCUGAUCAGUCCACUGCCAGAAAAAUGUGUUUCGCUGAAAGAAACAGUUGAUGAAGAGCAAAAGGGUCAUCCUCUGGUGAUACAUAACAUAACGGAGGAAGAACUCUUUAGUCGUGCGUCGAAGAUUCAGAAAAAGACGUUGAAGAUGACAAAAAAAGUGGCGUUUAUGUUCUUGACGAGAGGGAAGCUUCCUUUGGCUAAACUGUGGGAGAGAUUUUUCCAAGGCCAUGAAGGUCUUUUCUCAAUUUACAUUCAUACUAGUGACCCUUCAUUUUACGUUGACGACGAAACGCAGGAAACGUCGCCUUUUUAUCGUCGAAGGAUUCCAAGCAAGGAAGUGAAAUGGGGAAUGGUGAGCAUGGUGGAGGCUGAGCGGCGGCUACUGGCCAAUGCUCUGCUAGAUGCCGGAAACCACCGCUUCGUCCUCCUCUCGGAAUCAGACAUCCCUCUCUUCAACUUCUCUACCAUUUACUCUUACCUCGUAAACUCUCAACACUCCUACGUCGACAUCUACGACCUCCCCGGACCAGCAGGUCGAGGCCGCUACAAUCGCCGUAUGUCACCAGUCAUCAGCCGCGGCAACUGGCGAAAAGGGUCUCAAUGGUUCGAGAUAGACCGUGAGGUAGCUGCAGCCGUCGUCUCGGACACAGUUUAUUUUCCCGUGUUCAAGAAACAUUGCCUUUGGGGAUGCUAUGCCGACGAGCAUUACUUACCGACGUUUGUCCACGUGAUGUUUCCGGGGAAGAACGCAAACCGGUCGGUGACGUGGACUGAUUGGUCAAGACGAGGGCCGCAUCCGAGGAAGUAUACUCGGCGGUCGGUGACGCGGGAGUUUCUAUUGAAGUUGAGGAAUAGAGAAGAAGGGUGUGUCUAUAAUGGGGAGAAGAACGAAAAAUGUUACUUGUUUGCUAGGAAGUUCGAUGGUGCUUCUUUGGAUAAAUUGUUAUAUUUUGCUCAUAGGGUUUUGGGAUUUUAGCUCUCUUCUUAAGACCCCUAACAUACGACUCGGCCAAUUUGUGUUUGGUACUAUCCCAUUUGCGUAUUUUAAAAUUUUGUAAUUACAAAAAAAAAAAACAGAAAAAAGAAAAAUGUAAUUACAAAUACCAUAUACUUGUUUCACAUAUUUUUGUUCA